AUGGAAGCAUUGAUAAAAUUUAUCAAAUUAAAUAGUAGUGAAGUUAGAAUUACUUACAACCAGGUCUAUACGGAUUGGGCAAAUCGCCAUUUGAUAAAAUACGGAACAGAACCGAUUAAAGAUCUUACGAACGAUCUACGCGAACCACGAAGACUUGUAACACUUCUGCAAGCAAUCACUUUCGAUUGUGUUCCAGCUGCUGAAGAACGAAUUAGCACAGCUAUUGACGGACAUACAGAAUCGGUUUGA